AUGCCACCCGCAUCAACACAUCGAUCAGGACUUCAAGCCUACAUUACACUCAAUCAAGCCACCUCCCAAGAGACCAAUAUCAUGUUCUCAUACAUUGGUAGUGAAAAUGAUACAUCAUCACCAGAUAAGAAGUUAUGGAUCAUUGCACCAAUAUUGAUAGUUACAUUGUUGGUGUUUGGUGCCGUGAUAUUGUUGGUAUGGUACCGUCAUAAGGGUGGCCAGAUAAAGAGAGACAUUGAAAAUGUGAUUAAGAGGACAACGGGCAUUGGUGCCAAGUCCGUGGUGAAGGAGGAGAGUGCAGCGGAUGGACUGGUCUACAUCAAUGGCUUUGGAGGCCAGCGCGUCAAGGGAGGCACACUCGAGAGUCUGGUCUGCUACAUGUGCUUUACCAAGACCGUCGAUCCCACAUUCAUCAAGGUGUUCCUGUUGGCCUUCCGAUCAUUCGCCUCACGUCGCGAUAUAUUGGAACAGUUGAUCGCAUGCUAUAAUGUGACCGAGGAGAAGAUGAACCAGUUUCCAAACACAUUGGCCUCGACCAAGGAGAUGCAGACACGUGUGGCGAGCAUUGCCAAGCAGUGGAUUGAGGAGCAUCGAUAUGACUUCAACGACAACAAGGCGUUCUCAGACAUGAUGACCAGGUUUGUGCACAGCCAGCUCAAGGAGAACUGUCCAGAGAUCUACAACAAGAUACUUCGACUGCUCUCCCCGUCCACAUACUCAAUGAAGGAGAUCACCAAGCAGAAGGAAGAUGCGCGCCAGUCAUCACUGCCCCCAGCGCCACCCUACAUACUGCCCAGCUUUAAGAUUGGCGAGAAGGCCAGUCUGCUGCAGCUCAGCUCACUGGAGGUCGCGCGACAGAUGACCAUAUGGGAGGCGACCAAUCAUCGUUCGGUGGAGGAGAGCGAGUUCUUCCAGAUGGCCACAUCGAUCGAGGGCAUACUCUAUGAGAUACCCAACCUGCUGCGACUUACCGGCCACUUUGUGGUCAUGUCCAACUGGGUGACCAGCGAGAUACUGACCGAGAAGGACUUGGACAGACGAGUUAGAAUCUUGGAGAAGUUGAUCGAUAUUGCCAACGAGUUGAAGACAUUGUGUAACUUUAAUGGAUGUUUCGAGAUCAUGGAUGGACUUAGACAUCCAAUGGUACAAUACCUUGUAAAGACAUGGGCAAUGCUCGAUCCCAUCAAGAUGGAGGAAUACCAAUCACUCAAUCACAUAUUCUCUGAAGAUCGCGAAUACUCCCAAUAUCGAUCAUUCCUCAGAAAGAGUGGAUCAAAGUCACUUCCACUUGGUAAAUUGUUUAGGUUGGACAUUGGAAAGAAGUUAUCUAUUGAGAAUACACAAUGGAUAAAGGGACAGGAUGGAAGGAAUAAGUAUAUCAACUUUGAUUUCUUUAUGGAGAUAUGGAAGUUGGUGGCGGACUUUAAGGGAUACCAAUGUCUCUACAACUACCAAUUGGAGGAGCAUACCCUAAACUACAUAAAGCAAUACAAAUGUUUGGAUCAAUCCGAGUACAUGGUCGACCUCAACAGCAUCUAG